CUUCCAUCUGGGAGUAUUCAUCCGGAGUGCUUAUAUAAAUUAUGCUCUACAUCUCUUGAUCAACAUUUAGAGUUUCAGGGCUGAUAAUUCUCUUUCAGCCACAUCUCAUAUUUAACCAAAAUCUCCAAUGCUCGAUGAACUUUUCGGAUGAAAAUAGACAUAUUAUUACUAAGCAGCAUGGCUUAUCAAAUGUUAGAGUUUUUACACUUCCAAGUCUUAUAUUAAAACUUUCAAUAGUGAUGAGCGAUAAGGGAUCCAAUAACUCUGAAUAGAUCUUGCAGGAAAUCUAAGUAAGAAAACUCAUCACUCGAGAUGUAAACUCUAAUUUUUGAUAGUCUUUAUAAGCAAUGUAGGCUCUGCUGUAUUUGAAAAUUUCUAAUUUAUUCAUCAAAUUAACUCUAUAAAGUUAUAAUUAUGAUCUAUGGUCAGGCUCUGACUCUCCAACUUGUGACAGCAGAUCAGAUAAUAAAGGAUCUAAGGUGGAAGACUUCUUGUAUACCAAGAGAAACCAAAGGCAAGUGUAAAAAUCUUCUCAAAUUCUUAUGCCCAGGCAGAUCUUGCUCUCAUAUUUUCUUAUGUGCGAAGGUAAGUCACGCCUAAGAAUUCAGGCUUGACCCCCUACCUUAAUAUC